CCCCAGCGUAAACAGAACGCCGCUGACCGGCGCACGUGCUGUUCCGGAGCCGCGGAGUGACGUGAGGAGAGCGCGUCACUGCAGCUGCUGAAGAACCUCUUCCCGAAGAAAGAGGCAGCACUAGAGGUGACCCGGUGGAACUGCCAUAAUGGUGCUGUCGUUCUGUGAUAAGCUCAUCCUGGCUCCUAUGGUGCGUGUGGGAACUUUGCCUAUGCGUCUUCUAGCUUUAGAUUAUGGUGCGGACAUAGUAUACUGCGAGGAACUGGUGGAUAUAAAGAUGUUGCAGUGUAAGCGAGUUGUUAAUGAAGUUCUCCAGACAGUGGACUACGUUGCUCCCACGGAGAGAGUCAUUUUUCAGACUUGUGAAAGAGAGAAAGAUCGUCUUGUGUUUCAGAUGGGGACUGCUGAUCCAGAAAGAGCACUGGCAGUUGCCAAACUUAUAGAAAAUGAUGUUGCUGCUAUUGAUAUUAACAUGGGCUGUCCCAAGGAAUAUUCCACCAAGGGUGGCAUGGGAGCAGCCCUUCUAUCAAGUCCAGAAAAAAUUGAGAAAAUAUUGAAAACGUUGGUGAAUGGAAUUUCCAAGCCAGUGACGUGUAAAAUACGCAUCCUUCCAACACUUGAAGCCACUGUCAAUCUGGUGAAGCUAAUUGAGAGAACUGGUGUUGCAGCUAUUGCAGUUCAUGGAAGGAAAAAAGAGGAAAGACCUCAGCACCCCGUCCACUGUGAUUUCAUCAAGGCAAUAUCUGAGGCUGUAUCAGUUCCUGUUAUUGCCAACGGAGGAUCCCAGGAACUUGUACGAGAAUUCCAAGACAUGGAAGCAUUUCGAUCUGUCACAGGCGCGUCAUCUGUUAUGGUGGCACGAGCAGCCAUGUGGAAUCCCUCCAUUUUCAGAAGAGAGGGCUUGCUGCCUCUAGAAGAUGUCAUGCGUGAUUACAUUAGACAUGCGGUUAGCUAUAACAAUCAUUACACCAAUACAAAAUAUUGCCUGUGCCAAAUGAUGCGAGACCAACUUGAAUCUCCUCUGGGCAGAAAACUUCAUGCAACACAAUCAACGCUGGAUAUUUGUGAAGUAUUUGAAAUGACUUCGCUUUACGAGAGUUGUCAGUUGUCUCAAGAAGCCAUGAAAGUAUCCCUAAAUAUCAAUGGUCAAGAGACUGUAGAGACGGAUAAUGAGGAAAAUCACAACGUAAUACAAAUGGCUGUCAGGUUUGAAAGAAAAGACUACCUUCCUCAGGUUACGCCUAAGAUGUUUCUUUUGGAGUGGUGCAGGAAGGAAAAGCUGCCUCAACCAGUUUACUGUACAGUUCAGCGAUCACUUAAUAAAUUUUUCCGCUCUGUGGUCAGUGUGAAUGAAAAGAAAUAUUGUUCCACUCUCUGGGACAAGUCAAAGAAGUUAGCAGAACAAGCUGCAGCCAUUGUGUGUCUCCGAACAUUAGGGCUUCCAGAAGGAAAGCUUGGGGAGGAAGAAAGUAACCUUGUUCGGAAGAGAAAAAGAGCAGUCCAGGAUGAAAGCGUAGACGUGACGGACUCACAAGGUGAAGAACAGAUUAAAAAAAGACUCCAAAGCAAUGAGAACUUUGAUGACUCAAAAGAUUAGCCUUACCUCAGUUGUGAUCGCAAUAUUGCACAUUUUAUUUUAACUGGUUUUGCAAAUAUUUUAUCAAAUAAAUUAUCUAAACCACUCAAGCCUGUACAGCGAGUGGGACCUGGUUAACUUGCAUGUUAUGUAGAAUAUAUGUUGGCCUCGCCUUUCCCUGUCUCAGUGCAGUAAUAUAAUUCCGUGAACAAGGGGUAUAUUAUUCACACGGGGGACAACCGCUAGAUUGGUGGCGGUCUGGUCACUGGAACUCACAGAUCACAAGAACAGGGACAUCUGGUCACCAGUUUGAAUGGAGUGGUUGUUGAGCAUGCACAUUACCACUCCAUUCACUGGCUACUGGACCGAUGGAGAUAGAAGAGUACAUCGCUUGGCUCAGUCCGUCAGUCCCAUAGACAGUGAAUGGAACAGUGGUACACAUACUCGACCUAUGCUAUAUUGAAAUGGGGGACUUGGCACCCACCGUGGUCUCAGCAGU